ACUGAGCCAAAGUAUGCAACCUCCCCUGACCAAUCAAAAGUCAGCAUUUUAUCUUUGGAGUGGACUGCCUUGCAAGUUUCCACCUGUUCUCUAUGAGCGCUGCAGCUGCUGUAUGUGAGGUGCAAGGAAUCCACGCCAAAGGGAAAUAAAAGAUUUGAGGAGGAUCACCGUGGAUGAUUGAGGGAGGGACUACAAGUGUGCGUGUGUGCGGUUGUGUGUGUGUGUGUGUGUGUGUGUGUGUGUGUGUGUGCAUAAUAUUCCUUCUUUCUUUCCCGGCGGGACUCCACGCUCGGAGCAGGUAGAGCAUCUCUGAAGUCUGACAAGUCUGCAGGCGAACUUCUCACACAACGUUCGCAGGCCCAGCUUCUGCUGUCCACAGUGUCCGGGAUGAGUUACUACAUGGAUCCAGUUUCUUCCUAUCCGGCCCUUCACCCCUGUGACCGUCUGGGCGUGAUGCAGAGCGGAGGAGUCGCCAUCGGCCCUCAGUUGCACCUCCACGGUGUUGUCCACCCUCAGCAGCCGCAGUACUACCCUUCACAGCCGCUCUACACCCAGGAUGUCCCCCUGCAGGAGGUCCCCAAUGGACACGACAUGUGCCCCACAGAUCCGGAGUGUGGCGACAUCCCUUUGCUAACUCCCGGAAGCAAAGAGAUGAUGUCUCAAGCUCUAAAGGCCACAUUCAGCGGUUUCACCAAAGAACAACAGCGGCUGGGCAUCCCCAAAGACCCCAGACAGUGGACUGAAAACCAUGUGGCGGCAUGGCUAACGUGGACCGUGAAUGAGUUCAGCCUGAAAAACGUAGACUUUGACAAAUUCCGCAUGAACGGCGGCAGCCUAUAUGCCAUGGGCAAGGAGCGCUUCCUGGACUUGGCACCCGACUUUGUGGGCGACAUCCUUUGGGAGCAUUUAGAAAUGCUUCAAAAAGAGGAUACAAAGCAUUACCCCAACAACGGACUGACCUCCAACUUCCAGGAAUCCCGUUAUACCUCAGACUACUUUGUCAGCUACGGCGUUGAGCACGCCCAGUGUGUCCCCCCCUCCGAAUACUCUGAGCCAAGCUUCAUCACAGAGUCCUACCAGACUCUUCACCCCAUCAGCUCGGAGGAAUUGCUGACGCUGAAGUAUGAGAGCGAGUACCCUGCCGUCAUUCUGCGGGACACGCCCCUCAACCCCCUGCAGGGAGACUACUUCUCCGUCAAGCAGGAGGUGGUGUCCCCUGACAACAUGUGUGUGGGACGCCUAAGCAGAGGUAAACUGGGCGGCCAGGACUCUUUCGAGAGCAUCGAGAGCUUCGAGAGCUGUGACCGGCUGACGCAAUCGUGGAGCAGCCAGUCGUCGUUCAGCAGCCUACAGCGGGUACCGUCGUACGACAGCUUCGACUCGGAGGACUACCCCACGGCGCUGCACGGCCACAAGCCCAAGGGCACCUUUAAGGACUACGUGAGGGAGCGCUCGGACCUCAGCAAGGACAAACCUGUCAUCCCCGCUGCGGCGCUGGCAGGAUACACAGGCACGGGGCCCAUCCAGCUGUGGCAGUUUCUGCUGGAGCUGCUGACCGACAAGUCUUGCCAGUCCUUCAUCAGCUGGACAGGCGACGGCUGGGAGUUCAAGCUUUCCGACCCAGAUGAGGUGGCCCGGAGAUGGGGCAAGAGGAAAAACAAGCCCAAGAUGAACUACGAGAAGCUGAGUCGCGGCCUGCGCUAUUACUACGAUAAAAACAUCAUCCACAAGACAUCGGGGAAGCGCUACGUGUACCGCUUUGUCUGUGACUUAAAAAGCCUGCUGGGCUACACCCCCGAGGAGCUGCACGCCAUGUUGGACGUAAAGCCCGACACGGACGAGUGAACGUAAAAAAUCGAAGCAUCAUGAGACAGUGACGCCACUUGGACUCGUAAAGCGGGUGGGGGGGGGUGGGUAAGGGACCAAAAAUGUUUUUAAUGACUUACUGGUUUUGUCAUCUUCUAGCGUUUGUGGAAUGGAAGGGGCGGGGACACAAAGUCAAAAGCUUGCAUUCAUACCCUGUUGGACGCCAACAUGGAGACAAAUGUUUGCAGCUUGGACCAAAAAGUCACGACGAAGCAGUGGAGGAGAAGACGCAGUGUUAUCACAUCCACCGUGCAACCCUUGCAACAGGCCUAUAGUGGAACGUGUACGGACAAUGAAGGUGGAAGCCAAGUAGAAGAAGCCUUAAUGUGCUGACUGGAGCAGUGGUGAGGGAUCACUCAUAGCAAGAGACGACCUGAAAGUAACCGUUACGCUUACCGAACUCUCACCUUUACGUGCUUUCUUGCAGACUCAAAAUUAUGCUCUUUUUUUUUUUUGGCAUAAACCAGCAGUAUUAGCACACCGCAGACAAUCAAGGUCUUUGUCCUUUUGUUGUAUUCAUGGUCGUCCAUUUCAGCUUUAAUUUCAGAUCACAAAGUAAAGCAGAGUGGACGGAGGGAACUGUUUGAAAUGGUAGAAGAAGGUAGAUGCAAGGUGGCGACCGGAAUGUAGUGGAAGAUGAAAGAUGAAAGAAAUUAUUGUGUUCUCGCCAGAAUUUAGUGGGAAAUCAUACGGGAAGUCAAUCAUAGCCUACAUCCGACCAUGAUACAUAUGCUUCAUUUGACACCACAGGCACACAAUUGUCAUCUGAAAUGACUAAAACCUGUUUAAAAUAAGCAAAAUAAUCUGCCAUGCCAAUAGAACAAGGGCAAAUAUUAUUUUGUCAAAAAUUCAUAUAUGAAGCUUGCUUGGAUUUAGUCAUGAAUCUGUUAAAAAAAAAAAAUGUUCGAACACUCAAAAAUACAUGAUGCACUUGAAUGCCUCAUCAACCCAUUCGUCAUCAUUCUGUGUGCAUUUCGCGGAACAAAUUAAGCACGCACACAAGCAUACCGUAAUAAAGUUAAGCAAAGGAUUCCCUGGCUGGAAUCUGUCUAUUGUGUCCUCUUGUCCUAACCACUAUCGAUUCUUCAGAGUCGCCAGUGUGUGGAUGCGUAGUUUGGGCACUCGACAAGUUUGUUGGGCACACUGACACAACCGAGACAGUGUAUGAAAUCCAAGAUAUUUUUCGCCAUUCGAUUUGUCGAAAACGGAGGUUACACUUUAAUCCCAAAUUCACUGCCGUCAAAAUGGGAUGUGAAUUUUUUACUAAUAAUUAAAAUAAUUAAUAAAUAAAAAAAAUCCCAUUUGUUGUUAUACCUGAAAGUCUACUCUUGUUUAUCGUUAGUUGACGUCACGUCAAUAGCUGAUGGACUAAAUUCAUUGAUUCAUUGUUAAUUAUUUUCUUUUUAAAUUCUGAAUGUUCUGAGCUGCGGUUUCUGUACUUCUUUCGACAGCAUACGACAGGGGUGUCUAAAUGCGGCCCGGCGGCCAUUGAUAAAUAUUAUGUGAAUAAAGUAAUCGUGUUAUGAAAAAAAAGUUGCAGAAGUUAAAAUGUAAAAAGUCCAAGUGGCCUCCAUCUCCAUCAUUUUACCGUAUCUGGCCCUUGCUGGGGAAAAGUUUGGACACCCCGGCGUAUUAGUUCAGAUUGACCCAACAGUGCCUCUGCUGAUCGCAGCCAAGUAUUACACUCCAUUUUGCCCAAGUGACUUUCAUGACAAAAUAGCAAUCACUGUCAUUGAAGUUUAGCACAAAAAAUGUGAACUCCAGUCAUCUACAGUGUUUUAUCUUUGGUAAGAAGUCCUACUAAAUUCUGGUAUGAGCGUGCUCAGGAAAUAAGCGGAGGUUAUGGAGGUGACGGCGUGUUCGUGAUUCUAUCUUAAUCCAUGAAAGUUGGCAUUGGCUCCACACUGGCUUUAUGAGAAAUGCCAAAGUUGAGCAUCCUUUCUAAAAUACAAAUGUUAUUGUUUACAGUAGCUGAAUGUUACCCAUAUUGAUCAAAAUAGCUUUUUUUUUUUUUUAAAGAGAUGUCUAUUUGUACAGAUUGUGUUUCAUGAUGCUUCAUUGAGACCCGGCUUAGGCGCAAAUAAGCAAGCUGACAAAGCCGGAAUAAUAACCAAAAGCCUUGUGAGGUCUUUGGACGUUGCGCUAUGUGUAUCUCUCACAGAUUGUUUUUUUUUUUUUUUUAUAACGGAGCAGCACAAAGAGUAAUGUAUUUAGCUUCUAGGGGUCUCCCACUGACUAAAUUGAUGUUUAAUUGGGAAGCUCAUUAUUAUCUAGCACUGACUCACACCUACUUCACUCUUUCAUUGGCCAUCAGCUACACUGUUCUUUAGGAUUCUUUUAAAACACUGUUUUCUUUUUCCAGUUUGUCUUUUAAAAAGAGGAACUUUUUUUGAGUGCAGAGGGAAUUAACUUUCUGCGUCACACAUUCCAAUCUACUGUAUGUCUUAGCCGGCCAAGUGUAUACUUACCCUCGUUGGUAGCAUAUGCAUAUCUCCGGGGGGGUGGGGGGGGAUUCAGGAUUCAGAAGGAAAACCUUUUUUGUUGUUGUUUUUAUAGUGUCUGUAUUUUUUUGUUUUGUAUGAGAUCCUUUUUUAUUGUAUUUAGUUCACAAACAUUUGAAUAUUUUUUCAAUAAUUUAUAUUUUAUAAGAAGAAAAAAAUUAGAUUUGCAGACAGCUGGUGCUUUCAUGGGAUAUUAAAAAGGUAGCACAGGAUUCAGCAAUGUAGCGAUAUGUUUUUUUUAAGGUUUGUUUUAUUGUAUUUUUUUUUUAUUCUUUAAAAAAAAGAAUAGAUGAUAGAUCUGUCUGCUUGAGGAAGAAAAAGGCUGAUGCUGGCCCAUCAAUGAUUUCUGCUGGAAAGGUUUUAUAAACUGUAGCCUCUAUUUCUAAAAAUGUACUUCAAAAAAUGUUAUAAAAUAUAUGUGAACAAAGA